CAGAGAUCAGCAACUACAGGUACAGCUGGACUACAUACUAAUCAUUGAUUCAUUAUGCCGUUAAAGGUACUAAUGUGAUGAUGAAAUCCCUAAUUCUCCUCGGAGCAGAAGAUUUCCUCUGACUUCAGCAGGGAGAAACUAUGGCGACCGUGAUAGAGCUGCUGGAAACUUUGGAGGAUUUGGGAGAUAAAGAGCUGAAAAACUUCAAGUGGUACCUACAGCAGCCUGACUUCCUGAAGGAUUUCCCCCCCAUCCCAAAGAGUCGACUAGAGAACGCAGACCGGCCGGACACUGUGGACCUGAUGGUGCAGACCUACAGCCAUGUGUGUGUGGACGUGGCCAAGAAGGUUUUAAAGAGGAUGAGGAGGAAUGAUCUUGUGGAGAGUUUGGCAAUCACCAACCCAGAACCUGAAGGUCAGUCAGCAGCUGCAACAUCUGGAGCAGUGGAAGUCGAUGAUAUUGAAGAGACAAAGAACUCAAAGAGUCGACUAGAGAACACAGACCAGCCAGACGCUGUGGAUUUGAUGUUGCAGACCUACAGCCAUCAGUGUGUGGACGUGGCCAAUAAGGUUGUAAAGAAGAUGAGGAGGAACGAUCUCAUGGAGGGUUUGUCAAUCAUCGACCCAGAACUUGAAGGUCAGUCAGCAGUUGCAACAUCUGGAGCAGUGGAUGUCGAUGAUAUUGAAGAGACUUCAAAGAAGAAAGCAGCUUCAUCUGUUCAUCCACAGGCUGCUUCUCUUUCUGAACUACCAACCGUCAGCAGGCAAACUGAAGAUGUGAUGGUGCCAGUAUUACAGCCUCCACAACCAAACACAUUGCAGAAGAUCACACUGCAGUCUGACCUCCAGAACAUGUUCAUUUGUGCACAAGACAGGUGGAUAGAGAAGCAACACAAGGAACUUUUGCGUGACAUUAACCCAGAGGUGUUCGUGAUGGACACCGGCACAGAGGGAAAACCCAUGAGAACAGUUCUGACCAAUGGGAUUGCAGGCAUUGGCAAAUCAUUCAUUGUGCAGAAGUUUUUGUUGGACUGGGCUGAAAAAAGAGCCAAUCAAGAUUUGCAUCUAAUAUUCCCCUUCACAGUCCAGCAGCUGAAAUUGUGGAGUGGAAAAAGGUUUCGUUUGGCAGAGCUAAUUCACACAUGUAUCCCAGAAGCCAAUGUCAUUAAGGAGGAGACUCUUAACGACAUCUUCACAACUCUACAGAAUUCAAGAAACUCCAACUUUGACAAAAGUGAAUUCAAACUUCUGUUUGUGUUUGAUGGACUGGAUGACAGCCUCCUUCGGCUAGAUUUAAUGGAAAAAACAACAGAGUACGUUGAUGUGACAAAGUCAACCACAGUGGAUGUGCUGCUGACAAACCUCAUCAGGGGGAAUCUGCUUCCCUCUGCUCGCCUCUGGAUAACCACACAACCCGCAGCAGCCAAUCAGAUCCCUCCUGAUUGUGUUGACAUGGUGAAAGAGGUCAAAGGGUUUACUGACCGACAGAAGGAGGAGUACUUCAGGAAGAGAUUCAGAGAUGAGGAGCAGGCCAACAGAGUGAUGGACCAUAGUGGAGAGCAGAGGCUGAAACCUGGGGUGAGGAAGUAUGCCUGUGAAUUGGAGCUGGACCCAAACACAGCAGAUAGAAAACUCAAACUGUCUCACAACAACAGGAAGGUGAUAUGUUCAGAGUAUCAGCCAUAUCCUGAUCAUCCAGACAGAUUUGAAAGCUUUUAUCCUCAGCUGCUGUGUAAAAAUGAAUUGACUGGUCACUGUUACUGGGAGGUCAAGUGGAGAGGAGACGUCGACAUUGCAGUGACUUACAAAGGAAUCCGAAGGAAAGGCAACAGUAAACACUGCAGAGUAGGAGUGUAUGUGGACUGUCCUGCUGGCACUCUGUCCUUCUACAGAGUCUCCUCUGUCUCACUGAUCCACCUCUACACCUUCAACACCACAUUUACUCAGCCUCUUUAUCCUGGGUUUGGGUUAGGACAAAUUGUUUGGGACAAUAUGGGUGAUUUCAAAUCCUCAGUGUCUCUGUAG